AUGACUCUCAAAGGCCUGUUCUCUGCCCAUCACAUCGCAAUUCCCGACAUACUUUCUACUGCCCCAAAACACGGCCACCAUGAAUACCACCCAAAUGACAAGCCCUUACCAGGUCAAAGCACAAUUCUCGUGACAGAAGGCGCAAUUCAAAGUAACCACACCGUGCAGGUUGCGGCUCUCGCCCAGAAACUAGGUCUUAAGGCUUUGGUUCUGUUGCAUCGUGGGACGGGUGGGGGACUCCGCAAUGCGAGUGAUAAGGCCUCGUUCUUGCGUACGGGCAAUGUCCAGAUAAAUCGGCUUCUUGGGGCCGAGGUGCGUGUUUUGGAUGAGGGUGAUCCAUUAUCUGGUGAUGCGGACCCGGUACUUCGAGAAUUAAGUGCGAAGGGUGAGAUUCCCUAUUGGAUUCCUGGGGGCGCGAGUUUACAUCCGCUUGGUGGGCUGGGUUAUGUGCGUGCGGCGGUGGAGAUUGCGCAGCAGGAGGCGGAGAUGCAGCUUGGUGGCUCUGGGAGAUUUGAUUUUGUGUUUGUUGCUUGUGGAAGUGCGAGUACAGUUAGUGGGUUGAUUGCAGGGUUUAAGAUGUUGGAAAGGAGCGAGACGCAGAAAGGAUUACCUCCUAGGAGGAUCAUUGGUGUUUUAAACUCGCCAACGAAGCCGAAGGGGUAUCAUGAGGAAAGGGUGCUUCGCUUUGCGAGACGAGAAGGAUUACUUGUUGGGCUUGAUGCGGACAAGGAUAUUACUAUGACGGAUGUACGGCUUGAAGAUCGGUAUGUGGGGACUGGGUACGGGGUUUUGGACGCGGAUACUAGAGUGUCAUUGAGGAAUAUGGCGGAGAAGGAAGGCGUUAUCUUGGACCCGGUUUAUACGGCCAAAGUAGCGAGGGCAAUGCUGCAAUGGGUGCAGGAGAAGGAAAUCAGGGACUACGCCGAGAAUCAUGCCUUGAAGCAUGUAAAUGUGCUUUUCAUGCAUACGGGUGGCCAGGCUGCACUGGGUGCAUACGCGGAUGUAGACUAG